CUAUGGUGAAGACAUUCUUAGAAAAAAAUAGUACCAACUUGGUAAUAUCUAUCAACUAAAGAAAAGGAAAGAGAAGUAUAAAUUAUAGCACACAUACCUUUCCAUUCUCAAUCUCCUUUUAAUUAAGAACAAAAUCAAUGGAGUUCUUCAACAAAGCUAAAGCAGUAAGACUCCGUAGUCACCUUGGCAAGUACCUACUCGCCGACGAGGACCAGGAAACUGUCCGGCAAAGCCGAAACGGCUCCUCCCAAGGCGCGCGUUGGAAGGUCGAGUUCGUCCAAGGCGAUAACCACUUGAUCCGUCUCAAGAGCAUUUACAACAAGUACUUAACUGCAAGUGGUGAACCAUUUUUGCUCGGCAUGACUGGUAAUAAAGUGUUGCAAACGAUUCCGUUGUCGAGAAACGAUGGUUUUACGGAAUGGGAGCCGAUUAAAGAUCGGUUCCGAGUGAAGUUUAGAGCAAGGAAUGGGAAGCUUUUGCGAGCUAACGGCGGACCGCCACCGUGGAGGAACUCGGUAACGCAUGAUAUCCCACAUAGAACGGCUACACAAGAUUGGGUUCUUUGGGGUGUCGAUUUGGUUGAGAUUUUGGAACCGGAUUUGUCAAAUUUUUCUCACGAUUCAGAGAGAUCUCAACAUUCAGAUAAAGGAUCUGCAUCACUUAUUACUCAUAAUUUCAAGCAUGCAUUUGGAAGAGAGGCAAGGUUUCUAUGAUUUUUCUUCUUAUUUUCAUUGCUUAAAUUUCAUCAUCACCAGCAGCAGCACCAUUUUCAUCUUCAUCGUCAUUAUUAUUAUUAUUUAUUUGUUGUUACUAUUUUAGAUAUUAUCAAGUUUGUAAUUAUUUGAUAAAAUAUCAUGCAAACAUUAAACCAAGUCAACACCAAUAAAAAUAAAUAACUAUAAUAGAGGUUACUUUUUUUUA